AUGCCGGUGCGGGGUCCUGGAGAGCGCGAAGUUGAAGUUACCAUGUUUGAAGGUAGGCGAUUUCCCGAAACCGUGCCGGAGCUCCUGGCAGCCACACUGAAGGAGUGGCGUUAUGUGCUUCGUCGACUGCUUUUAUUUGCCUUCUUCUUCGUAUGGUUGUACACUCUAGCCGAGCACUACUGCGUCCAAGAAGGCAAUAUCGACAAGGAGGUUUGUAUCUUGCUGGCAUUUACAGCCCCUUUGAUGGGCGUCUCCGUGAGCCAGCGGUUCCAUCGUGGUAUUCAGAUGAUCUGGCACACACCUAACAGGUGGCGCUAUUUUCAAAUCUUCGGCUUUUUUGCGAUGCUGUUUUACUUGGUGUCCCUGAAGGCUUUCCAACCUCAGCGUUGGGCGGAACUUGUUCGAGAGCAGCCCUGGUUGGCAUGGCUGCAUCAGGCUCACUACACCAUCCAUACGUCCGUCCUGGGCACCUUCGUUCUCUCUUGUGUCUCUUGCUUGUAUUUGGCGACGGCCAGUGGCGUCAUCUUCUUGUUCUGGAAAACCUCCCUGCGCGUCCCGACUGUGGCCGACACCACCGUGGUGGAGUGUGGACCUUUGCAAAGUGACACAGGCACUGUGAAUUGCGGUCUUUGCCAACUGGGUCUCUGUUUGGACAACACCUGCAUGUAGCGCAGCGGCUCUGUUGCUCUGCGAGGGGCGCUGGAGAUUCCCGGGAGACUCUCAAAGUGUCC